UGUGAUGAGGGCAAUCGCUGUUCUUUUCUAAUCCCCGUCUAAACCGCAGAGCUGCGGUGCACGGAGCUUCCACCGCUGAGCAUUUACACUGAACAUCCCAGUUCCGAUCCGGUGGUUAUGGACUCUGAUGAAACGGCUCCUGGUCCAGAACUCCUAAUGCUUGAACUGCUCCAAUAACAGACAGAACUGUUUCUUGGGCAUCACUUCAUCGCCUGUAGGUUUGAAACCAGGCGUCACGAUGUCUUGUUCCUUCAGAACUUUAUUUGGCGUUUAAAUGUUUGUUCUAAUGGCAAAUAAAUAGGGAAGGUUUUCAGUGCCACCGCUGGGAAAGCAAAGGUUUCUGCUCUGAACGGCACCGUCUGGUUCAGAAUCCAGCGUCUGUGGUUUAUUUUUCCCACUGAGGGGUGGGAAACACUCCGGCCUUUAUGUGCGUGACUCAGCCGCAUAGAAGCGCAUUGAGCGGGUCUAAUCUGCCUGGUUGACGCGCACACAAACGCACACAGUAUCGGGUUCUGCUGUGGCUGUGGCUCCUGUCUGGGCCGAGCUCCGGCAGAACCAGCGGUGAGUCAGAGUGUAGAGUUUAGCUGCAGACCCGGCUUCAGAUUAUUCAUCCAUCUGAGCCAGAGGAGUAAAACAAGCUGGGAUCUCAUGGAAAUAGAAGUGAGGCUCCAUUAGAUGACUCAGAGCCGAUAAGCGUUUCCUCAGGCUCGAGUUUCAAAAAUACGAACUGUACCAUCUUUAGUACUUAUGCUGUAUUUUUAGUACUGCUAUUGAUUUGUUCUGGAAUGAAAUAAAACUUUGGCGGGUUCACAACCACUCAUAAAGGCAGGUUUCCUUUGGCAUAAACAUAAACUCAAUGCAAGUAUUGCGUUUAUGGUUCAUAAACAAAGCUAAGUUGAUAAAGUCAUCGUCUACAAACCCGCUGUGUCUUCUGUGGAGAACAGAGGGCAGCAUUCUCUGCUGACAAACUCAAUUUCACACCUGUAGAUUAUACGGUUCAUAUUUAACACAGUUCAUUUAGAUUGGUCAUAGUGCAGAACACUUCAGCUUUGUGCGUCGGUGGCGUCUCAAACGCAUCACGUGGCCUCACGUUAGCGAAAGUCGGACUUUAUUUCUCCCCGGCUCUAAUUGGGAGCAUGUGCAUCGCAUCACUGAUGUAACCUGCCUAAUGUAAUGGCUCAGUUGUGUUGUGUGUGAUUUCUCGGAGGCAAAGCCCCAGUUGAGCUGCGUGUGUCGGACUAAAAUAGCGAUUAUCGUCCUGAAGCUCCCAAAGUGCGGCUCGGGGUUUCCUGCUCCUCUGUGAGUCGGUCUGGCCGUUUUCAUUGGGCGUCGCAGCGGUGGUUUGUGGGGAAGGCCUGGGAGUCGGCCUCCUUCAGAUCUCAUGUGAUCACAGGAGGACGAGCGGAUGCGCUGAGUGACAGCGAGCGCGGCCAGUAAUCCGUCCCAGGGCCGAGCGCUUCGGGCAGCGCUGCCCGCGUCUGCGGACGCAGUGGGACGGGUUGAUCCACCAGUAAGCGCUGGAGCCCCAUGCUCCACCAGUUAGAGCCUGCUACUGGAAUGAGUGGCUGGAGGCGAGCUCGCGGCAUGAGCUAGAGGCUCCAUAACGAGGCAAGAUGAACCAGGACCUGGAUUAUAUGUUCAUCCAGCAUGCGCGGGUGUGGAUCCCCGACACCGAGGAGGUGUGGAAGUCUGCGGAGCUCACCAAGGACUACAAACAAGGGGAUGCCUCCCUGCAGCUCCUGCUGGAGGAUGGAGCGAACCUCGGAUACAAGCUGGACCCCAAGAUGACGAACCUGCCUUACCUUCGAAACCCAGACAUCCUGGUGGGCGAGAAUGACCUCACAGCGCUCAGCUACCUCCAUGAGCCGGCCGUGCUGCACAACCUCAAAGUCCGAUUCAUCGACUCCAAGCUCAUCUACACGUACUGUGGAAUCGUUCUGGUGGCCAUCAACCCGUACGAGACGCUGCCAAUCUACGGAACCGACAUCAUCAACGCGUACAGCGGUCAGAACAUGGGGGACAUGGACCCGCAUAUCUUCGCCGUAGCAGAGGAGGCAUACAAACAGAUGGCCAGGGACGAGAGGAACCAGUCAAUCAUUGUGAGUGGGGAGUCCGGAGCAGGGAAGACGGUAUCGGCCAAAUACGCCAUGAGGUACUUCGCUACAGUCAGCGGCUCUGCUAGCGAAGCCAACGUGGAGGAGAAGGUCUUGGCUUCCAAUCCCAUCAUGGAGGCCAUAGGAAACGCGAAGACCACCAGAAAUGAUAACAGCAGUCGCUUUGGCAAAUACAUCGAGAUUGGCUUUGACAGCCGCUACCGGAUCAUCGGUGCCAACAUGAGGACGUACCUUCUGGAGAAGUCGAGGGUCGUGUUUCAGGCGGAUGAGGAGAGGAACUAUCACAUCUUCUAUCAGCUCUGUGCAUCAUCCCAUUUACCAGAGUUCAAGACUCUGAGGCUAAGCAGUGCAAACGACUUUCUGUACACCAGGCAAGGCCGCAGCCCUGUAAUCGACGGUGUGGAUGAUACCAAGGAGCUGUGCACCACACGGAAUGCCUUUACAUUACUCGGCAUCAAUGAGUCUUAUCAGAUGGGCUUGUUCCAGGUUUUGGCUGCUAUUCUUCAUCUAGGAAAUGUGGAAAUUAAGGACAAAGAUGCAGACAGCAGCUUGAUUGCUCCUAACAAUCGCCACCUCACGGCGUUCUGUGAGCUGGUGGGCGUGACCUACCAGGACAUGGCCCAGUGGCUGUGCCAUAGGAAGCUGAAGACGGCCACGGAGACGUACAUCAAGCCACUCCCUCGUCUGCAGGCCACCAACGCUCGGGACGCGCUGUCCAAACAUAUCUAUGCCAAGCUCUUCAACUGGAUCGUGGAGCACGUCAACAAAGCUCUGAUCACCAACAUUAAACAGCACUCCUUCAUUGGCGUCCUCGACAUCUAUGGGUUUGAGACUUUUGAAAUCAACAGCUUCGAGCAGUUCUGUAUUAACUAUGCUAACGAGAAACUCCAGCAACAAUUCAACAUGCAUGUAUUCAAACUGGAGCAGGAGGAAUACAUGAAGGAGCAGAUUCCCUGGACUCUGAUUGACUUCUAUGAUAAUCAGCCCUGCAUCAACCUCAUAGAAGCUAAGAUGGGAAUCCUGGACCUGUUGGAUGAGGAGUGCAAGAUGCCUAAAGGUUCAGAUGAUUCUUGGGCUCAGAAGUUAUACAACACUCAUCUAAAGACUUGCUCCCUCUUUCAGAAGCCACGCAUGUCAAACCGUGCCUUCAUCAUCCAACAUUUUGCUGACAAGGUCGAGUACCAGUGCGAAGGAUUCCUGGAGAAGAACAAGGACACCGUGAAUGAAGAGCAGAUCAAUGUUCUGAAGGCCAGCAAGUUUGACCUGCUGGUGGAGCUGUUCCAGGACGAGCUGAAGGCCACCAGCCCCACGGGCCAGGUGCCUGGGACCGGAGGUCGGACCCGCCUCAGCAUCAAACCCGACAAAAGCCGGGAAGCGAGCAGCAAAGAGCACAAGAAGACCGUCGGCUGCCAGUUCCGUAACUCUCUGCAAAUGCUUAUGGAGACAUUAAAUGCGACUACUCCACACUACGUCCGCUGCAUCAAACCCAAUGAUUUCAAACUGGCCUUUUCGUUUGAUCCCAAACGUGCGGUUCAGCAGCUCAGAGCCUGUGGUGUCCUGGAAACGAUACGCAUCUCAGCUGCAGGUUUCCCAUCCAGAUGGACGUACCAAGAGUUCUUCAGUCGGUACCGAGUGCUGAUGAAGCAGAAGGACGUGCUCCCAGACAAAAAGCUGACCUGUAAAAACGUCCUUGAGAAACUAGUGCAGGACCAGGACAAAUACCAGUUUGGAAAGACCAAGAUCUUCUUCAGGGCAGGUCAGGUUGCUUAUCUGGAGAAACUGAGGGCAGAUAAGUUGCGCGCUGCCUGUAUCCGCAUCCAGAAAACCAUCCGGUGCUGGCUGGCACGCAAGAAGUACCUGCGCAUGCGCAGAGCUGCCAUCACCAUCCAAAGGUUUACCAGAGGAUACCAGGCUCGCUGCCUUGCUAAGUUCUUGCGGCGCACUCAAGCAGCCACCAUCAUCCAGAAGUACCAGAGAAUGUAUGUGGAGAGAAAACGCUACAGGCAGAAGCAAGCGGCUGCUCUGGCCAUGCAGACCAUCCUCAGAGCUUACCUCGCUCGGCAGAAGUACACUGCGCUACUGCGGGAGCACAAGGCCGUGAUCGUUCAGAAGCACGUCCGUGGGUGGUUGGCUCGCUGCUGGUACAAGCGCUGCCUUUACUCCAUCGUCUACCUGCAGUGCUGCAUCCGCAGGAUGAGGGCCAGGCGCGAGCUGAAGAAGCUGAAGAUCGAAGCUCGCUCAGUGGAGCACUUCAAGAAGCUCAACAAAGGCAUGGAGAACAAGAUCAUGCAGCUGCAGAGGAAGAUCGACGAGCAGAACAAAGAGAACCGCUCAGUCAACGAGAGGCUGGCCGGUCUGGAGAGCUCCUACACAGCAGAGAGCGAGCGCAUGCGCGGCGAGCUGAACCGGCUGCGCGGGGUGGAGGAAGAGGCCAAGAACAAGGCCAACCAGGUGACGUCGCUCCUGGAGGAGCUGGAGAAGGUAAAGAAGGAGCUGAAAGCCACACAGCAGGAGAAGAAGACCAUCGAGGACUGGGCUCAGACCUACAGGAACGAGAUGGAGAAAAUGGUCUCCGAGCUGAAGGAUCAGAAUGGUCUGCUGAAGAAAGAGAAGGACGACUUGAACAGGUUGAUUCAGGAACAGAGUCAGCAGAUGACAGAGAAAAUGGCCCGUGCGAUAGCAGAGGAGACUCAGCAACUGGUGACGGAUCUGAACGAGGAACGAUCUCGCUACCAGAAUCUCCUGACGGAACACCUUCGCCUGGAGGAGAAAUACGACGACCUGAAAGAGGAUAUUGCUCUUUCUUUGAACGUCUCCAAGCCUGGCCACAGGAGAACAGAUUCUACCCACAGCAGCAACGAAUCAGAGUACACCUACAACUCCGAGUACACCGAAUUGGAAGAAGGGUCCCGUGCAAGCGAAGACGUGACACGAGGAAUAGACACCUCCCUCACCCUCAAGCUGCAAAAGCGACUCACAGAACUGGAGCAAGAAAAGCAGUCGCUGCGCAACGAACUAGAAAACAAAGAGGAGCAGUAUCAGCGGGCCAGAGCCAGGGAUGAUGCAGAGUUUAAAAAGGCUCGUGGGGCAGAGCUGGAGUAUGAGUCACUUAAGCGUCAGGAGCUGGAGUCGGAGAACAAGAAGCUGAAACACAACCUGGCCGAGCUGAGGCAAAGUCUUCUGGGUAACGCAGCCACAGGCGCGGGGGCCCCGGGCUCUCCAGCUUACAACGUGCUGCUGGACCAGCUCAACGCGUCCUGUGAGGAGCUGGAGGUUCGCAAGGAGGAGGUGCUCAUCCUGCGCUCCCAGCUGGUCAGCCAGAAGGAAGCCAUGACGCACAAGGAUGAGAAGGAAACCAUGACUGAGCCCUCUGUCUUUGUUGAGGAUGUGUCCAAGCUGAAGGAUGCUGAUGAAAUCAAGCAAGCCUACGUAGGCCUCAAAGACACCAACAGAUCUCCUAGGUUCAUGCAUAAGCACCUGGAAGUCAGUGAUCUCCUGAGUAGGCUAAGAUCUGCCGCCCCAGACUUCCAUAAGCUGAAUGAGGACGGAGAGCUGUGGCUGGUUAAUCAGGGCUUAAAGGAGACCAUCAGGUUGCUGGAACACCAGCUGCAGACUCAGCGGAGAACUUACGAUAGCGAGGUGGAGUCGUUACGGGGAGAACUGCAGAACGUCAAGGAGGAGAACAACCGGCAGCAGCAGCUUCUGGCCCAAAACCUCCAGCUGCCUCCGGAGGCCAGGAUCGAAGCCAGCCUGCAGCACGAAAUCACUCGGCUCACCAACGAGAACCUGGAACUCAUGGCUGACGACCCCACAGCGUCCCGAGAGGCUCGAGUCAUCAUUUUACGCCGAAUGGUUGAUCUCAUGGAGCAACUGGAGAAGCAGGACCGCACCAUCCGUAAGCUAAAGAAGCAACUGAAGGUUUACUCCAAGAGGAUUGGAGAAAUGGGAGCGGUUCAGGCCGAGGGCCAGACGUCUCCCGGGCAGAUGGUGGACGAGCCGAUCCACCCCGUCAACAUUCCUCGCAGGGAGAAAGACUUCCAGGGAAUGUUGGAGUACAAGAAGGAGGAUGAGCUCAAACUGGUCAAGAACCUGAUCCUUGAGCUUAAGCCUCGCGGCGUAGCUGUAAAUCUGAUCCCAGGUCUGCCAGCCUACAUCCUGUUUAUGUGUCUGAGACACGCAGACUAUGUCAAUGACGACCAGAAGGUCCGCACUCUGCUCACCUCCACCAUCAACAGCAUCAAGAAGAUCCUGAAGAAACGGGGCGAUGACUUUGAGACCGUGUCUUUCUGGCUUUCCAACACCUGCCGCUUCUUGCAUUGUCUCAAACAGUACAGUGGCGAUGAGGCCUUCAUGAAGCACAACACGCAGAGACAAAACGAACACUGUCUGUCCAACUUCGACCUGGCAGAGUACAGACAGGUGAUCAGCGACCUAGCCAUCCAGAUCUACCAGCAGCUGAUCAAGUGCAUGGAGAACAUCCUACAGCCCAUGAUAGUCUCCGGCAUGCUGGAACACGAGACCAUCCAGGGCGUCUCGGGCGUGAAGCCCACCGGCCUCCGUAAGCGGACGUCCAGCAUCGCCGACGAGGGCACCUACACGCUGGACUCCAUCUUGCGGCAGCUCAGCGCCUUCCACUCCACCAUGUGUCAGCACGGCACCGACCCCGAGCUCAUCAAGCAGGUGGUGAAGCAGCAGUUCUACAUCAUCGGCGCGGUCACCCUCAAUAACCUGCUGCUGCGCAAGGACAUGUGCUCGUGGAGCAAAGGCAUGCAGAUCAGGUACAACGUGAGCCAGUUGGAGGAGUGGCUCCGAGACAAAGGCCUGAUGAUGUGCGGAGCCAAGGAGACGCUGGAGCCUCUGAUCCAGGCCGCUCAGCUGCUGCAGGUGAAGAAGAAAACGGAUGAAGAUGCUGAGGCCAUCUGCUCCAUGUGCCACGCUCUCACCACGGCUCAGAUUGUGAAGGUCCUGAACCUCUACACUCCAGUCAAUGAGUUUGAGGAGCGAGUUUCUGUUGCGUUCAUACGAACUAUACAGACUCGAUUAAGAGACCGCUGUGAGAGUCCUCAGUUACUGAUGGACACAAAGAUGAUCUAUCCCGUUACCUUCCCGUUCAACCCUUCCUCCCUCGCUCUGGAAACCAUCCAGAUCCCCAGCUCACUCAACCUCAUGUUCCUCACGCGUGUCUAAAGCCACACACAUCGGCUUUGCGGCGGUUUUCGUCUUAAUGGCCACUGAAACUGCAAGUCUCAAACGCACUAAACUCACCAGAGCAAUGAACAACAAUUAGCGAGCGACGCAAACUUCUCCAUUAAAUAAAUUACAGUUCACAUUUACAAAGAUAAAUAAUUGAAGUCUCAUGAUAUCGCGUUGUUCUACAUGCCCCUGUGGACGUGAACACAGAUCCCUCCACACACCGAACUCUUAACCUGCAUCUGUGUGAAACCACCACCUGCACAGAAACACAGCGACACACACACACACACACACACACACACACACACACACACACACACACACUCACACUCACACACACACACCACUGCUUGUACAAACGCCUGCCUCUGAGCAAAGCUUCAGGCUCAGACCGACGCCCCCGUGACCCCCGACUGGUCCAGCUCUCUCCUCUACUCACCCGCCGCUCGUCAUCGUCCCGCUCUCCAGUGAGAAUGUGUGUGCUGAUAAAUGAGAAUAGGCCCAAAGGAGGCGCUCACACCCCACAAAAACAAAUAACUUGUAGUGUAGGUAAGCAUGAUUUUAAUUCAGAUUUCUAGAGAGAAGCCAGUUGAGUGAGACCAUGCUCAUGUUCGCUCCUGCUCUACGUCAGGUAACCUUUUUACUGUCUGAACACAGUCAAGCCAAGACAGAAGUCAUUGUCUGUACCAUAUUAUUUAUACAUAUAUAAAUACGAAUAAUCUAUAUGACAGAUUUACUUUAUUCCAUUUAGCUGCCAUAAGGCUGUCUCAUCUGAUGUAUCGGAUUUGAAGGUUGGGACCAUGGUUUCCCACGCAGAACAGCUUUGUAGACGUCUGUUUAUGUGUCAGCCUCAUUCGGUGGGUGGUGGGUUAACGCAGACACGUUUGCUUUGUCAUACUUGUGUUUUAUUUCUCGCAGAUGUAGCAUGUGCGUUAAUGUGGAGAGAUGAACUCAGCCGAGGGUGGAGCCUGUUACAGCUGUGAACCCAACAUUACAAAUACACAGUACUGUGGCAGAGCCCUCUCUGGAUCCGUCCCCUCUGCUCACAGUUCUGCUCAGAGCUCGAUGAUGUUUUAUUAUUUUCAUUGUUAUUUAUUUCAGUAUUGUCGUUUCUUCUGGUUGUGUUUAACCUCACGCCAUGUUUUGCUGAGCGCUCGGCCUGAAGCCGCUGGAGCUUUUGCCUCUCACACCUCCUGCUUCACGGCAGCUGUCUCUGCUGGACUCGAACUGAAAGCGCGGCCUCAAGGAACGGCUCCCGUCGCCUGCCUUUGUGCUCGAUGCCCAAGGAAGCGGGCUGGAACUGGUCCACUGGUUGCCCUCACAUAACCUGUGUGGUUCUAGGUUUGUCAGCGUAACCAUUUAGAAGGAAUUAGCCCACAUGCUUUUAACGGAAGGUCGUCUGCUUUCAUUUCGCCUUGUGUUCAGCGCUCCAGAGCUGUUAACCUCCUACCAAACUGCCUCUUAUUUUUCCUGAUGCCAAUGAUCCCUUAAGUACGAAUCUGCUCUUUGAUGUAAUGUCUUAUUUUAAGGUGCUUUCAUAUUACACAUAUUGAAACAUGACACUGAUAUUAUCAAGGUGUGAUGAAAUGCCCUGAAGCUCUAACUAGAACAAGCAGCUGAUGAAAACUAACAAAGUUACUUAAGUUUUGUGUUGCACUUCUAUCCAUAUGCUCUUGUUGGGACCAACCGUUCAGCCUUUUUUUAUAUAGUUUAGCUAAAUGAUCGCUCUGUGUUACACAUACAUAUCUGAAGAGGAAGGCAGCAACAGUAGGAAUGAUUCAACCAUAUGAAUGUUGGAUUGUGGUCGAAGCCUUAUUUGAAUCUUUUGAAUGACUCACACGCGUCGUUCUAUCAGUGCAGUAUUUUCCUUUCUUUGUUGUUAUGUUGAUGUCUGUCCCUCAGCUGAAGUCACAUGUGGGCUGAUGUCAAAAUGCACUUUUUAAACAUUCAAGGAAGGAAGGAAGGAAGUUCAAUGAAUAAUACAUAGACAGUAAAAGGAAAUGCGUUAGCGCUCACGUCCCCCCUUUGAGUUCCCCUGUGGCCCCGUCGAGCUUCUUUCCACACAUUCCCGUCUUCCCCGAUCAGACGCUUCCUCUCCUUUUAUCAGUUCUCUGCUGUUUUAGUUGAGUGAUCCCUAAAGGAAGGUUGUAGCUUAGAAGAUGCGAGUUUCAUUGACGCAGCACCAGCCUCCACACACUGUUGUGUCCCAGCACGUGCGUGUCUCGUUCCUCUGGGCUCCUCUCGGCCUCUGAAACAGGAGGAAACCUCAUUGCUUCACUCUGAGUAUUGGAGGAGAGAGUUGGUUGUGUGAUAUGAUGUAGCCAUUAUAAAUGAGCAUCGUUCUUCUCGGCACUAGUGGUGAUUAUGUCAUUCUUGAACUAGUUUAAAAGCAGAAUAGGUCAUGGUCCCAGCUGUCGUGCUGGUGUGAAGACGCUGGCGCCGGUACUAACAUGUCUCCUCUCUGCGCCCACGUGUACAUUUGACCAACUGGACUGUUUGUAGUUUCUGGUAGCUGUGCUUAGUGAAUGUGUUCACCGUUAAGAACUUGGAAUAAAUUGUCAAUUCUGUAAAAGUGAAAUAAAAGAAUCUGCACUGUCA